UCACUCGUAAAAUUCUAUAAAGCAUUGGGUUUUUUUCUACGAACAAAACAGAGAGAGAGAUGGCGGAGCAAAGCUGGCGAUUGGUGUUGACAGCCAGUCCACUCCAAGGCCAUAUGAGCCCCAUGCUCCACCUUGCCACCUUCCUUCAUUCCAAAGGCUUCUCCAUAACCAUUGCUCACUCCGAGUUGAACCGCCCCGAUCCUUCAAACUAUCCUGCUUUCACCUUCAUUCCUCUACCCGACAACUUAUCAUCAUCUAACACCCCUAGUUUCGCAAACGCUGUCCAGUUCAUGCAAACUCUCAAUGAUAACUGCAGGCCCCACUUCCAGGAACUCCUUGUUCAGAUACAAAAACAGAAGGAAUCAAUAGUUGUUAUCCAUGAUAAUCUCAUGUACUUUGCUGGAUCAGUCGCCACUCAUCUGGGUCUACCCUCCAUCAUCUUGCGAACCAGCAGUGCAUCUACCUUCCCUGUACUCAAGAUCAUCCCUCAGCUUCAUCAACAAGGUCGACUUCCUGUACAAGAUUGUAUGUUGCAGGAGAUAGUUACAGAACUAGAUCCCUUGAGAUAUAAAGAUCUACCCUUUAGUGGUCUCACAGUACAACAAACACUUGAAACGAUCAACAUAAUCAUGCCCAAGAAAACUCCAUCAGCCUUUAUAUGGAACACCCUUGAAUUUCUUGAACCAUCCGCACUAACCCAAAUCCACCAUCACUACCAAGUUCCGGUUUUCCCUAUCGGACCAUUGCACAAAAUAAUCCCAACACCUUCCAGUACAAGCUUUCUUGAAGAGGAUACAAGUUGCAUCUCAUGGCUAGACAAACAAGCACCCAAAUCAGUGGUUUAUGUGAGCUUAGGAAGCAUAGCAAACAUUGAUGAAAAGAUAUCGACUGAAAUGGCAUGGGGUCUAGCCAACAGUAACCAGCCCUUCCUGUGGGUGAUUCGACCUGGUUCGGUUAAAGGGUUUGAAUGGAUUGAGUUUUUGCCGGAGGGUUUGGUGACUGAGAUGAAGGUGAGAGGUUUGAUCGUGAAAUGGGCACCGCAGAAGGAAGUCUUGGCACAUUCUGCAGUUGGAGGGUUUUGGAGCCAUUGUGGUUGGAAUUCGACGUUGGAAAGCUUGUCUGAAGGGGUUCCGAUGUUGUGCCAGCCGUUUGAAUUAGAUCAAAAGAUUAACUCUAGGUAUGUAUGUUUUGUGUGGAAGAUGGGUGUUGAAAUUUUUGUGGAGAGAGGGGAGAUUGAAGGUGCAAUCAGAAGAGUUUUGGUGGGUAAAGAAGGGGAAGAGAUGAAGCAGAAGGCUAAGGAAAUUCAAGGAAAGGUUAAAGUUGCGGUCAGUCAUCGCGGUUCGUCGCAGAACUCUUUAAAGAAGUUGGUAGACUUCAUUUUAUCACUAUAAGAAUGGUCUGUUUCCACUAAUAAUAAGCUAUCCUGAUAGAUUCAUGACAGGUUGGUGUAAAAGCUAAUUUAAUUAAAAUUUCUUGGAGGUUACAUGUUGCAACACAAACAUUCCAGUUGGAUCGUGUAGUUCAGAUAACAAAUGCGCAUUUACAUGCUCGCUUUUUGUUA